UUUAAGAUGAUUUCCGGGAAGGAAUUCUACGAGGUGAUGGUGGCAAUGGUGCCGCUGUACGUGGCGAUGAUCCUGGCGUAUGGCUCGGUGAGGUGGUGGAGAGUCUUCUCGCCGGAGCAGUGCGCCGGAAUCAACCGUUACGUGGCGCUCUUCGUGGUUCCAUUCCUGUCCUUCGACUUCAUCUCAAAGAAUGACCCUUACAACAUGAACUUUCGCUUCAUCAUGGCCGAUGUCAUCCAGAAGCUCAUCGUCCUGGCAGCGCUGGCCGUCUGGGCGCUCGUCGGCGGUCGCCAGGCCGGACUUGACUGGACCAUCACCAUCUUCUCCAUCUCCACCCUCCCCAACACCCUCGUCAUCGGCAUUCCCCUGUUCCUAAGCAUGUACGGCGAUAGCUCAGCCCCUCUCCUGUCGCAGAUCAUCGUCAUGCAGUGCAUCGUCUGGUUCACGCUUCUGCUCAUCCUCUUAGAGUGCCGCGCCGCGAAGAUCAUGAUCGCUGAUCAGUUCCCCGGCGCGUCCUCUGGCGCUAUCGCUUCAAUCACUGUCGACCCCGAGGUCGUUUCCCUGGGCAACCUCGACGUCGACGACCCGAUCGAGACAGAGUCCUGCGUCGAUGACGACGGCAAGCUCCACGUUGUCGUCCGGCGAUCCAGCGCUUUCAGAUCCGACCUCAACCACUCACGCAAUUCCUUCGAUUUUACCUCCAGCUUCUCCAACGAUGAUAUCUACCGGCAGCAGUCGUUGCGCUACCCCUCCGGCGAAGGGGCGCGGCGGUCAUCGAGCUAUAGUGAGGCCAAGCUCAACACCCGGUUGCCAAGGUUCCGCCACCAAAUGCCGUAUAGCUCUCCUCAGCCGACGCCAAAUCCUUCCGUCUCCACUACCUCACUCACAGGGGCGGCCAGCCGACAGCCCCACCUCCAAAAAGCAGCGAACGGCGGGAAUAAGGACCUUCACAUGUUCACGCGGAGCUUCAGUGCUUCACCAGCCAUCCACGCGUUCAGAAAGUCGCCGGCAGCGGAGCACCAAGUCACAGCAGCAGUUACUACGGCCGAAUGUAUAAAAUACCACCUUUUCUCGAUUAACUAUCUUGGGUUAAGCAUCAACAACAAAACGAUCGAGGAAGAGGAAACAGCUCCACCUCACCAAGGAGGCGAUGGGAAGACCAAAGAGGAGGCGGCCGCCGACAAAAGAUGGCCCGGGGAGGUGAUGGCCAUGCCGCCGACAGUCGUGAUGAUGAAGCUCAUCCUGACCAUGGCGUGGCGGAAGCUCAUCAGAAAUCCCAGUACCUAUUCCAGCUUGAUCGGCCUCAUCUGGUCUCUCGUCAAAUUCAGGUGGGACUUGGAGCUCCCCAGGAUCAUAGAUAAGUCCUUGGAAUUGAUCCAGAAGACCGGCCUCGGCAUGGCCAUGUUCGGCCUCGGUCUGUUCAUCGCGCUGCAAUCGAGACUCAUAGCAUGCGGGUACAAGCUCGCGAUAUACGGCAUGGUCCUGAAGUUCCUCCUCGGCCCAGCCGUCAUGGCCAUACCCUCAGCAGCAUUCGGCCUGCGCGGCGAUCUCUUGCGGAUCGCCAUUGUCCAGGCAGCUAUGCCUUGCAGUGUUGUUUCCUUCGUGUUCGCGAAAGAGUACAAUUUGCACGCGGACAUUCUCAGCACAGCAGUGAUCACAGGGAUGAUCGUUACUGUGCCCGUAGCUCUGGUUUACUACAUCCUCUUGGGUCUAUGAAACCGAUCUUCUAACUCACUCACUA